AUGACAGACGGUUUUGCCGAAGAUGAAGGCCCAGGCUGCCAGGAAGCCGAGGAUGUCAGUGACGCUCUGUUCAGUCUUGCCUCGGACGCUGCAGCUUCCGGAGUCCCGCGAGUCCUCUGCCGUGAGGCAGACGGCGCAUUUCCGCAGGACAUCUAUGCAUUCCUCGGAGGGAGGAGCAGGCUGGUGGACCCGGUCCUACAAGGUCACCGGAGCUUCGUUGGAUGUUACGGCAGUUCUGACCUGGGCCUACGGCUGCUGAAUGCGCUUUUGCGGCCAGCAUCCUGCGAUAUGAUGACAGGUUCCGCACGCCUUGCAGCACAGCGGCUGCUGCGUCUUGGAGUGUCAUUGCUUCAGUGCUGCGAGGAUGAGAAUCAGCAAAUGCAGUGGUUGGAUGCUCUUGCAGACAAGCCCAUUGACCCCUUCGCUUUAGAUGACAAUGCGCUGCUUUGCACCAGCGAGCCUCUGAAGCAGUGCUUGGACCGGGUGGACGAAUGCCUGCACCGCCGAUCAAGAGAUCCAGGCCAGCUUGGCACGAGCCACUUCAUCUUGGAGCUGACGGCUGCCCACGCCAAUGAAAUGGGCGCGCUGACCGUGGUCUUCCUGGCCUCACUGGCCUCUUCGGGGCUUCCCAGGACUGCCCAGGCGCCUGAACCCUUGCGCCGCCACGCUGAAGGCUUGAGACAGAUUUCCAUGGUCAUCAAUCGCCCGAGAACGGGCUUCGGCCUGACAUCAGUCACGGGUUCCAGCCUAGAUCCUGGAGCCACCUUGCUGCUUCUGACUCCAAAACCUUCGGCAUCCCCGCAAGAAGCCCUGGCAGCGAACAUCGCUGCUCGGUGUCUUAAACUGCAGGAGGAGGCAGCUACGAUGAAGCCAGAAGGUGCGGGCAUCACCAUGAGCCCAGCCCUGGCAGUGUGCAAGCAGACUAUGCCGCAGUUUCGACCUGAAGGCAAUGCAAGUUACGCAAGUGGCCCGCCGCUGGCGCCUGCGAAGGAGGCAUCCGGCCCCAUGCACCGCGUCCUGUCGAAUGCGUCCACUGCGCCCAAUGCGCCCGCAACUCCGCGGAGGGCCACAGAGACCUCGGACACGAUGUGGCAGAAGAUCAUGGACUGGGAAAGCUUCAAUGUGGAGAGUUGGUUGAAGGACGUACAGCACGGCCGAAGUGCGGCCGAGCAGGUGUCCGACUUGACCAAGAUGGUCGUGCAAAUGCAAGCCCUAAUUCGCGUCAUGGCGGGGCAGUUGAAGGUGCCUGGCACAGCUGUGGGGAGCAGCCUGCGCCAACGGAUAGAUGCAAGUCUGGACGCCGCAUCGCCCAGAGUGGCACUCAGCAGCCCCUAUGCCACACCAUCCCGGCAAAUCCACAACAUGCCGCUUCACGCUCUGGCUUCCACGGGCAAUUUGACUGCAUGCUCUCCGAGACACCCUGUCAGUGGGGAGGAGCAUGCGUCUCCGCUGACGCGCAGCUGCUCUGCAAACUACCCCGUAGGCUCCAUCCUUUCACACAAGAGCAGCGGCCUCCUCAGCAUCGUGGGUGAGGUCCAGUCACCAGCCGCGGUCAAGAGGGACCUGUCACCGAUUCGCCAAGUGCACUCGAUCGUUCCACCCCAAGCAAGUCCGCAGAGCCGGAGCCCAGCACCUUACUGGAUGAGCCCCUUGCAAUCUGCUUCAGUGGCGCAGCAGCCGCUUCAACAGCCGACAGCAGCGCCCCCAACCCCGGAGAGCUACAUUCUGCAUUCUCCAAGGACACAGCAUGGCCUGAACGAAGGGCAGCGAUCACCGCACCCACCUGCUGUCGCAUAUUCGAAAGCUCCUGGGCCAGCAGCCCACCCGAACUCAGCACGUACAUCCACACCACUGGUCCCCGCCGGUUUGGCUGCAGCCGAGCGUGGUGCCUUGCGCUGGGAGCCCUCUCCAUACAGAGUUCGCCUGGUCUCUGGAUCAAGCCCAAAGGUCGUGACUUCCACCCACGGUCCUCGCAUCGGCGUCGCUGGUGUUGCGCCUGCCCCACAGGUUGCGGCACCACACCAUGUGACAGUCAGAGUCGGUGAAGUCCGCACGGCCGGCUGCAUGUCCCCGCCGCGGAUGCUGAAUGCUAGUCGUUGA